AUGCACCCAGAAUGGCCGCGAGACCCAGAGCAGAACCAGAUUGAGCAGGCGCCCGCAUACCACAACGACCACAGCCGCCGACCACUCCAACAUGAUCAUGUGCAAAAGUUGAAUAGUGAAUCAACUACAAUACAGCACAGCACGGUGCAGGCGUGGACGGGAACCUUGUACAACCCAGGAGACCGAAUCUCUACGUCAACGCAAAGACGGAGUGCUCCUAAGAAAGGCGGCUUCCCUUGCUUGCACCCAGAGUGUAGCAGGGCGUUCGACCGGCAUUGUGAUUUAAGGCGUCAUACCAAGUUGCAUCUCGACAAAUCCGAGCGGCCGUACAAGUGCCUCUCCUGCUCCGAGGCCUUUAUCUAUCCCAAAGACCUCGACCGUCACCAGCGCACCCAUCGCACACUGCCUGUCCCGCAGCAAAAGAUGCAUUGCCCCAUAAGGGGAUGCUCGAACACUGAAGGGUUUAGUCGGAAGGACAACUUCACACGACACAUGCGCAAGCAGCACCCCGACGCCGCGCUUGUUGCAGGUGCGCAGUAUCCUACACAGAAGUAG